AUGAGCGGCCCCUGCCUGGGGCUGCGCCGGGCCUGCGUGCUGCUCUCGGUGAGCGCCGCUGCCCUGCUGCUGCUGCUGCUGCCGCGGGCGCGGCCCCCCGCGGCGCCGCGCCGCCGCCCGCCGCCCGCCGCCAGCCCGCCCGGCGCCGCCGCGGGGCCCGGGGGCCGCCCGGCGCGGCCUGGCGCCGCCGGCGAGCGCCUGGAGCUGGAGGACAUCUUCAUCGCCGUGAAGACCACGCGCAAGUACCACAGGUCGCGGCUGGACCUGCUCUUCCAGACGUGGAUCUCCCGCGCCAAGGGGCAGACAUUUAUAUUCACUGACUGGGAGGAUCAGGAACUGCGCUUAAAAGCAGGGGAUCACAUGAUCAACACCAACUGCUCUGCUGUCCACACCCGGCAAGCACUUUGCUGCAAGAUGUCUGUGGAAUACGACAAAUUCCUAGAAUCUGGACAAAAAUGGUUUUGCCAUGUGGAUGAUGAUAACUAUGUGAAUCCACGGACUCUCCUGCAUCUCUUAUCUGCCUUCUCACCCAGCCAGGAUGUUUAUGUGGGGCGACCAAGUCUGGACCACCCCAUUGAAGCAGCUGACCACGUUCAAAGUGAUGGAUCAACAACUGUGAAAUUCUGGUUUGCCACGGGUGGAGCAGGAUUCUGUAUCAGCAGAGGUCUUGCCCUGAAGAUGAGUCCCUGGGCCAGCCUGGGUAAUUUCAUCAGUACUGCAGAAAGAGUGCGUCUUCCCGAUGACUGCACUAUUGGAUACAUCAUUGAAGGGCUACUGGAGGUGAAGCUGCUGCACAGCCCAUUGUUCCAUUCACAUCUGGAAAAUCUGCAGAGACUACGAGGGGAGGCUGUGCUGCAACAGGUAACUCUAAGUUAUGGAGACCCUGAGAACAAACACAAUGUUGUGAGUGUGGGAGGAGUGUUUGGCCUGCAGCAAGAUCCAACUCGAUUUAAAUCUGUCCACUGUCUUCUCUAUCCUGACACUAUUUGGUGCCCAACUAAGAAGACAUCUUAAUCUUUGACCAAUUGUUGGCACUUGUAUCUUACCUACUUUGCUUAAGACAGGAGUUGUGAUGACUUUUUUUUCUUUUUGUCUGUGAGCAAGACAAAUACCUACAAAAGAUGGAGGCAGACUGUAUUUAAAAAAGCAAGACUUUGAUCAGAUAAUUAUGGCAAGAAGGUGUGAUUUGUUCACCUGCUGUCUGGGACAUUCCAGAGAAAAAAUUUUUUCUACUCCUUGCUCUUUAGUCUCUGUGUCUAUCAUGUGAAUAUGUGCACAGAUACACAUACUUAGAAUGACAACAUUGUUACUACUGUUAUGGGCUUUUAGAGGCAGUUAUCUUAAAGCUGGAGUGCUGUAGCAGACGGUAGUCCCCAUGGUGACGAGAGGUGUUGGGGAAGAAUUUUUACUUGUCUUUCUUGGGAACAGAAUUAUUUAAGAGCUUCUGUGGCCUGACAUACUAAAUUGUCUCUUCCUGUGGCCCAGUACAGAGUCUAUUGGUAAACAUCAGGAAUCUUAGAACUGCUGGGGUAAACAAGGCUGAAAGCCUUUGCCGUGGAAAAACCCUGUGUAAGGGUAAGCUGGCUCAGGACCAGAUAGGAAUUGCUUACCAGUGCGUGUUCUCCCCAGUAGUCUGUGAACGUACCUCCCAUGGAGGUGAUGUCAGACUUGCUCGCUUACCAGAUGAAUGGUAGUGACUAAUGAUUAUGAUGGUGGUCUGCCAGGUCCAAAGGUGGCUUAGACUAUUCCCUUGAUAUUUGAUACUAAAGAAAUAUUUGUCAGACUAGAUAGUAAUCAUUUCUUCUACUUUGCCCACAGCAGGUUAUCUGAGCUAGAGCAUGCUCAUUGGUUGAUUAAACACUCUGAAGUCCUUCUGUAUUCUUUGCCUUCUGUGAGGGAAGAAGAAGGCUAGAUAGCUGUAAUGCCCUGAAGAAGUCUUUAAUGAUGUGUGAUUUGAGGACCUCUAAUUGUAUGACUGUGGUUCCCCCUUCUUCAGCUUCUUAAGUAAAUCUUUUGAGGUCUAGGUCUGUGUUUACUUUUACUCUACAUUUUAAUGUUUCAAUAAAUAGUUCAUGUAGUCAAUAAAAGGAGACUGCACACUUGCACAAAAGCAGAAGUUCAAUGCUGCUGCUGCUUUUUAAAUAAAGUCAGUUUUGUUUUGAAAGUGGAAGAAAGGGGGCUGCAUAUUUUAUGUUUAUUAGCUUCAACUUGGCCAUGUCCGCUCCCUAACUGACAUGGUGAAGAACUGCAUUAAUUUACUUUGUUAAACAUUGUUUAUUCUCACAGACUUUUCAGAAAAUACUUGCUAGUUACUAGCUUAAAGGUCUGAGGCAAAAUUAAGGAAAGAACAACAGACUGAUAUUGUUGAUCAGAGAUUGUACAGCUAAAAUGUCAACCUAGCAGGUUUCAGGUUUCUAAACUGCUGUGCCUAGUGUACUGUGAGCUUCAUUUAGUUGCUUAACUUCCACUUGGAAAGAGAUAAUAUAGGUAUGCACCUGCAGUGUAUUCAGUUGUGAAGCUUAGCAGAGGUGUCAGCCUCCUAGAAUAUACUGUUCUCUGCACUCAGUAUUUUUACCCUCAUUAACAUGAAUCUUUUAGCAUUUAACUGGGUAUGUUCUCCUCCCUAUGUGGUAUUAGUUAAUUCCACUGAGGUGUAAACAAACUGACUCCUACAAUCCUGCAGCCAACUCUUAAAGUGUUCAAGGCAGUGCAAACAUCAUUCUUUGACCAUGAGAAUGAUCUGAUUCACUGCAACACUUAUUCUCAUGUCAAAGUCCAGCUAACAUAAUGGCAGUUUCAUGUGCAUGUGUAACUGACAGCCUGUAACAGAGGAUAGACUGGGACUUGUGGAAUAGUUGGCUGUGGAAUGUUCUACCUCGCCAUUAGGUUUUCUGCUCACUAGAACUGAGGUGUCCUGUGGUUUUAUAAUUUGUCAUUAAUAGCUGUGGUGAUUCCUGGUACCAUAUGAAUACCAUUGCUUUUUAAAACAUUUUUUUAGGUUCUUCUACAGCAGAAAGCUGUAAAGGUUCAUUAUCUCUAAAGUUUAUCCUCAGACAGAGAUUUUGAACUCUUACGUUGGAGCUUCUCCUUCCACUGAGAGCAACCUCUUGUCAGAUACUGCAGACUGUGGAACAAGUAGUAAUCAUUGCUGCAAACUGCAGUUCAAAACCAACACCACUUCAUACUGAUGGCAGCAAAUGAACUGUAGAAGUUUCACACUGUGUAUUCCUUAAUCAUCCUAAAACGAAUAUGCUGCCUCUUUGGCAUACCUAAUGCUCAUAGGGUGUUUAUUAAGCUGAAAAAGGACCAUAUUCUUUGGCAUGGCAAUACAGUGCUGUUCAAUGUGUUCAAGCUUUUUUAAGACUUCUAAGUGUUGACAAUACAGUAGGCUUUAUGGAUAUAUCAGAAUGGAGCUUUUCAAUUAAACUAAUGUCUCAUACACAAAAUGAUUCUAUAAAAUAAAUUUGUAAAUAUGUGAA